AUGGAGGCCCAGAGGAGUCUGGAGCCUGGGGCCAGGGCCUCCUGCUUCUGGCCAGUGUGCUUCCUGGGUGUCCGCUCUGAUGGCCUCCUGGGGCCCUCUGCUUCCUGGCUGAGCCAAGUUCAAAGCUACAGCUGCCAGGCCCAAGACCUUCCUUCCCGAGUUCCAGAUGCCACGGGGCUGGCCCCUUGUCAGGGAGACCCGGCUCAGAGCACACCUGGUGUGGAGGAGCACCUCCUCACAGAACAGCGUUCCCUCGGACUGCAGACCCCAGGGCAGACUCUGCGCAGGACACCAGAGCUGAGCCCUCCACCCUGCCCUCCCUGCAAUGCCUCCCGGCCCAGGGUCCCCCAUCCUGAUGCAGCCCCACAAGCUUCUCCCUCUUCAGCCCUUUCCCACCUGCUGUCCCCGCCCAGCAUCACGUGCCAGCUGCUGUGCCAUGUGUUGCCAAGCCUGUCCUUAGCCUUGAGUACCCGCAUUGGAGUGCCCUGGUCCCCAGAGAAGCUGAGGUUGCCUGUGGGCAGGAGCAAUUGCUCCUCUGUCUCCCUAGUUCCCCCAGUGAGGGCCCAGCUUCCCCAGAGCAGAGCUUCAUUGAUGUCAGUGGGCCGAGGCGGCGACAGCAGUGACACUGGGGCACUGCCUGCUGCUGCCCAGUCCUCCCGCCCCCACCCCUCCUUUGAACGCCGGGCUUCAGUCCUCAAUGGGGCUCUGCACCCAUCCCAUAACCUCCUGAGGCUUGAUGCGUUGGCAGAGUGGCCAUGGGGAUGCAGGAGAGGUAGAGAAAUGCUGACCUGUCACUCCCGGGAUGGGAGUACCAGCUACAGCCAACAGUCCUGCAGGUCUUCCAGUGGGGGCCGCCACCAGGGCUUCAGCGGGCACUCAGCCGUGGUGGUAGGCCAGAGCCGGGUCACCUCCACCAAGUCCUCCUCGGCCUCCCGCUCGGGCAGGGGUGGUGGUGGCUUCCCUGGGGGAAUCCAGGAAGUGACUGUCAACCAGAGCCUCCUGCAGCCCCUCAAUGUGAAGACUGACCCCCAGAUUGGGCAAGUAAAGGCCCAGGAGCGAGAGCAGAUCAAGACCCUCAACAACAAGUUUGCCUCCUUCAUCGACAAGGUGCGUUUCCUGGAGCAGCAAAACAAGGUCCUGGAGACCAAGUGGAGCCUCCUGCAGGAGCAGGGCUCUGGCCCUAAUACCGACAACUGCAACCCGGAGCCCUUUUUUGAGAACUACAUCAGCAGCCUAGGGGCCUUUCUGGAUGGGCUGCACGUUGAGAAGGACAAGCUGCAUGAGGAGCUGAGGAGCGUGGAGGAGAGGGUGGAGGACUUCAAGAAGAGAUACAAAGAGGAUAUCAACAAGCGCACAGUGGCAGAGAACGACUUCGUUGUCUUGAAGAAGGACACUGAUGCUGCCUACAUGACCAAAGUGGAACUGGAGGCCAAGGUGGACAGUGUGACAGAUGAGAUCAACUUCCCAAAGGCCUUCUACGAGCAGGAGCUGUCCCAGAUGCAGUCAGACACACGUGACACCUCCGUAGUUCUCUCCAUGGCCAACAACUGCUGCCUGGACCUGGACAGCAUCAUGGCCGAGGUCCACUCCCAGUACGAGGCCAUCGCCCAGAGGAGCAAGGCCGAGGCCGAGGCCCUGUACCAGACCAAGAUGGGUGACACCAUCAUGCUUGGGGAUGACCUGAAGAGCGCCAAGAGUGAGAUCUCAGAGCUCCACAGAAUGAUCCAAAGGCUGAGGGCUGAGAGCGAGAGUGUCAAGAACCAAAAUGCCAACUUGCAGACGGCCAUCAUUGAUGCAGAGCAAUGUGGGGAAGUGGGCCUCAAGGACACAAAUGCCAAGCUUCAGGACCUCAAGGCUGCACUGCAGCAGGCCAAGGAGGACCUGGCACGGCUGCUGAAGGAGUACCAGGAGUUGAUGAAUGUCAAGCUGGCCCUGGACAUUGAGAUUGCCACCUACCGGACCCUCCUGGAGGGUGAGGAGUGCAGGAUGUCUGGGGAGUGCCAGAGUUCUGUGAGCAUUGAGAUGGUCCCCAACACCAGCAGCAGCGGCGGUGGCGGCAGCGGAGCCCUGGGAGGAGGAGUUGGCGGUCGCGGAGGGCUGAGUUCUGGGGGUCUGGGUAGCGAGGGCGGGCGCCUGGGCUCAGGCAGGGGUUCCGGCGGGAGCUCCGCUGUGCGCCGGGGCUUCUCCAUUUCCGGGGGCUCCCGCGCCGUCAGCGGGGGUGGCAGCAGCAGCUCGGUCCGGGUCACACAGAGCUCCUUCCAGAGCCAGCGGUCCCACCACAAAUUCUGA